GAGUCCCGACGGCUGAGGCAGCUGCGGCUCUUACCGGCCAGGGGACCACCCUCAAACGUGGCUGCUCGUCAUCUUCAUUACAAGAGGCACCAAAGGGUCCCUGCGGGAGGAGGUCACAUGACCGGUGAUGGUCAUGUGACCUGAGGGGUCCGCAUCACCUUGGCAACCGUUGGGCCCUUCGGACCUUCUGGAAAGCGCGGGAUUCCGAAGCGAAGAGACCUCGGGCGCACCUGCCUGCGCGGAUCGAAGCUAUUCGUGAGCAGAGGCAGGGUACUAGUUUGCAGAUCCGGUGAGGCACAGUGCACCCCUGCCUUUGCAGAAGGAGGAUGGGGUUUGAGAGGUAGAAUUCCAAGUUGGGUUCAUGAGGGAGCAGAGGUAAUUUCCAGUUGUCCGUACCUGCAAAAUUACCCUUAUUGAAUAUGGAUAGAUACGUAACUUGUAAGGCAGCUCGAACAGUGCUUUGCGAGAAGAAAACUGACUUUUGAAUUUGCUGAUUUAUAAUUUUUUGAAGAUUUCUUGAGAGGACCUGGUUGGCAUAAGUGUUUCCAAUGUUAUAAAUAGUUUGGAAUGCUUACUUUGGGGAAGUGAAGAUUAUUGAUUAUGGCUCACUAUUCCAAGGAAGAGCUGGAUGAAGAAUUUGACAAGUUUAUGAAAGAGCUUUCUGAUGAGUCUUUUGAAAAUUCAAACAAAGCACUCAGACAACCUAAGAAGGAAGUGAAGAAGAAAGAUGCAUUGCCAUGGUGGUUAACUGAAGAUGAUUUGGAAGAUGACAGAUUGCUUGGAACAAAUGUAAGCUAUGUGAAAACAAAGAAGAUUUCUCAGCCUCUUAUGGAAAUUGAAGAGGAGUCUGCUGAAAGGAUUCAAUUUCUUAAGAGCAGUGGAACCUCUAUCUUAAGCAUUGACAGCUUAGAAACAAAUGAGAUAGUUUCUGAUCUUAAUCAUAGUGUUCUUGGAUUGGGGUUGGACACAUUAGAAGAACAAGAAGAAAAAGAGCAAUUUUUUGCCAGACUUGAGAAAGGGAUAACAUCUUCCAUUGAUUACUCAAAACUAAAUAAGGAAUUGGAUUAUAACGACUCAACACACUUUAAAGAUUUACAUAGUAAUCAAGCUAAUAUAAAACUAACUGAAGAACUAACUGAAGAUAAACAUGAGAAUGAAUCAAAACAUGAAGAACUGGCAGAAAACUACAGUGAUGAUUUUGAAGAUGAGGACAUUGAUUUAUCUUUGGCUACUAAAGAUGAAGAGAUUAAUUCUAAAGAAAAUUCAGAAAAAUUAAAUGUACCUAAACAGGAAGAAGAGAAAACUGGGAUGCUGGCAAAUGUGGUGUUGAUUGAUUCACUAGACUCCGUUGCAGAGACCAACAUUACUGAAGAUAAAGCAACUACUGAGCCCUUGACCCUGCCAGAAAUAACUGGGAAUGGAAUGGUAGGAACAGCUCUUUCUUAUGGACAAAGCAAUAGUGACAUUGAAGCUCUCCAUCAGGCUUAUUGUCACAUAGCCCAUUCUUUGGGAGAUGGAGGGGAAGAAAGAAUUGAGAGUACUGAGAUGGGAAAUAUCAAGAGCUUACUAAAAGAACAUUCUCAAGAAAAUGAAGAGUCCUCUAAAAACUUCUCCACUACAGAAUCUGAUCUGCCAACAGUAGAGGAGCUGAUGAGACCUAUCAGAAUAGAUUCCUUUGGGGUCAGUAAAUUUGACUUCAAACCUGUCAGCAAUAAGAAACUGGCUGGUAGCAAAGAAACUGAAUUCAUUAGCCCUUUCCCACUUGAGGUGAACCAAAAUGUUAUGUCUCAAGAGCCACAAAACGUAAACCAAUUUUCUCAUAAAACUGAAGAGAAUGUGGUUUUGCAAAAGACAACAAAUAAAAAUAUGGAAAAUAGUGAUCCAGGAGUAAGCACUAUGGAAGAAGAGAUAGAUAAAACAUGUCUUGAUAUUUUGAGGAAAAAAAUAUCUAUUGUUCCUUCAUUACUACCUCAGGAUAACAAAGUAAAUAAAACUUUUAAAUCACAACUCAGUUCUGAAGAAGGUGCUGCAGCUGAUAAGCAGGUACCAUACAAGAAGGCCAGAAGUGCACCUCCUUUACUUAAAAGGAAACCUCACAGUGGAUUAUAUGCAUCAGUAAGAAGCUCAGGCUAUGGCAAACCCAGUUCACCAUUCAAGACAUUCUCUGCUCUUGAAAAGAAAACUUCAAAGGAUAUUAUGAAAGGCAAAAACUUGAGAUCCAUUCCCACCUCAAAUCAAGCUAGGAAAAAAGAAAUCUUCUCUGGAACAAAGCUCAUCAAGCCUGCAGCACAGAAUAAACCAUCUCUUAAAACCGAAGGUUUCCUGACUAUUCCUAUGAAGUCUAAAGACAAUACAGAAGUUGAUUCCUGUGAUCAGUUUCAGAAUGAUUCUUCAGAAUACCAAAGUGGGAACAAGGAAACAGAAUUAAUUUUAUUUAAAAGAGUCCAGGAAGCAGAGGACAAAUGGAGGGGUGCACAAUCUCUAAUUGAACAAAUUAAAGUUACAUUCUCAGAGAAAGAGAGAGGAUUGGAAAAUAAAAUGGAAGAACUGAAAAAACAACAGGAAAAAGAACUCUUCAAGCUGAAUCAAGAGAAUUAUAUUCUUCAAUCCAAGUUAAAUAGCUUUGAAGAGACAAACAGAAAACAGAAGUGGUUACAUUUUGAAGCAACUGAUUCUAUCACGGAGGAAAAAUUAAAGCAAAUCCAAAAAGAAAUACAAGAACAAGAGACACUUCUUCAGGGAUAUCAACAGGAAAAUGAAAGGUUAUAUAAACAAGUGAAAGAUCUCCAAGAACAGAACAAGAAGAAUGAGGAGCGAAUGUUCAAGGAAAACCAGAGUUUAUUCAGUGAGUUAGCGUCCUUAAAAGAGCAGAUGCACAAAAGUCAUUUCCUGUCUCAAGUAGUUGAAGAUUCAGAGCCCACAAGAAACCAGAGUUUUACAGAUCUGUUAGCAGAAUUACGGUUGGCACAAAAAGAAAAAAGCAGCUUUUUGGAAGACAUCAAAAGACUGAAGCAAGACAAACAAGCUCUUGAAGUAGACUUGGAAAAAAUGAAGAAAGAGCGAGAUCAAGCCAAAGAUCAGAUUGCUUAUGCCACAGGUGAAAAGUUAUAUGAAAUAAAGAUUUUAGAAGAAACACAUAAACAAGAAGUUGCUCGUCUGCAAAAAAGAUUGCAGUGGUAUGCUGAAAACCAGGAGCUUCUGGAUAAAGAUGCAGUUCGGCUUAAAGAAGCACAUGAAGAAAUUGAGAAGCUCAAACUUGAGGUUGAAAAACUGAAAACUGAAUCAGGAAACCCAUCUUUACAGCAGAAGAUACGUUUAAAAGAUAAAGCAGCUGAUGCCAAAAAGAUUCAGGAUCUGGAGCGACAAGUUAAGGAAAUGGAAGGAAUUCUAAAGAGAAGAUACCCCAAUUCUUUACCAGCUUUAAUAUUGGCUGCAUCUGCCGCUGGUGAUACAGUGGAUAGAAAUACAGUGGAAUUUAUGGAAAAAAGAAUUAAAAAAUUAGAAGCUGACCUGGAGGGCAAAGACGAAGAAGCAAAGAAAAGCCUUCGUACUAUGGAACAACAGUUUCAGAAGAUGAAGAUUCAGUAUGAACAGAGAGUAGAGGAGCAAGAGAAGCUACUUGCCUGCAAAUUGAAGGAAGCAUCCCAGCACCAACGUGAUGACUCUAGGGUUAAAGCACUAGAAGAGGAACUGAGCGAAAUUAAGGAAGCCCAUCAAAUCACUGUCAAAAACCUUGAAGCUGAAAUAGACGUUCUCAAACAUCAGAAUGCAAAACUAGAACUCAAGAAAAAUGCUAAAGAUAAUAAAGAUUUCCAGUCUAUAGAAUUCCGGGUGGAACAGGCACAUGCAAAAGCUAAAUUAGUACGGCUCAAUGAAGAGCUGGCUGCAAAGGGCAGAGAAAUACAAAACCUUUCAAAAACUGUUGAAAGGCUUCAGAAGGAGAGAAGAGUGAUGUUAUCCAGUCAGAACUCCAAGAGCAGAGAAGAAGUGACUUCAAAAAGGGCAAAGAAAGAUGUUCCUCACCCAAGUAAAGGGGGUAGUAAUACCUUCUCUGGAACCCAGAAUGGCAAGCUUUACCAGCCAUAUACUUUCACAGACUCCCAUAUUUCAGAGAUUUUACAAGAAAACUGCAGACUUAAAAAUGAACUAGAAGGGUUAAUUUUGGAGAGGAAUGAACUGAAGAAGAAAUCUGAAACAGUGAGCCAACUUGAAGAUUCCAUAAAAAGGGUCAAGGAAGAUACUACAGCACAAAUCACAUCUCUCAAGGCAUCUCACCAGAGGGAAAUAGAGAAACUCCUUUGCCAGAAUGCACUAGAAAAUUCUUCUUCCAAAGUAGCUGAACUAAAUCGUAAAAUAGCAUCUCAAGAGGUACUUAUAAAACAUUUCCAAAGUCAAGUUAAUGAGCUGCAGGAAAAACAAGAGUCUCUUGCAGUUUCUCAAGUUCGAGAAGAAAUUUUACAAAAAGAGAUUACAAAACUUAUCGAAGAAUUGAAAGAAGCCAAAGAAAAUCAUACACCAGAAAUGAAACAUUUCACGGGCUUAGAAAAGAAAAUUAAACAGAUGGAAAUAAGACAUGAGCAAAGAGAGCAGGAACUUCAACGGAUAAUACAGCAGACACGCCAAGUAGUAGAAACUGAGCAAAACAAGGAAAUUGAAAAAUGGAAAAGACUUGCACAAUUGAAGAACCGAGAACUAGAUCAUUUCCGCAGAGAACUAGACUCAAUACUGGAUGUUCUUCGAGAGCUGCACCAGCAGGGGGUUGUUGUACCAGUUGCUUUUGCAGAUGAAGUUAAUGUACCAGAAUAUUACUAGGAAUUUGUAUUGCAUCUGAAAUUGUGUCACAAUCAAAAGGAAGCCUUUGAAAACAGGUGUGCGCAAUGUUUCCUGAAAACAAACACAAAAGCAACAUUUCAAAAUAAAUUGCCCUUUGCCAAGAGAAAAAGAGCAUUAUAACGUAUUUUACUGAAAAUUAUUGUCACAUUUUAAAUAAUUUAUGUGUCCUUUAAUAUCAGACCAUUAGAAUGAGAUUUAGUGCAAAAAGCCUUAUAUGUGGACCCCAUAGGUAUGGAAAGAAAGAUAAUUUUUCCACACCAACAUUUUGACCAGUUAGGUGUUGUUAAUUCCUGGUGCCAGAAAAAUUGCACUUCUUUCUCCUGGAAACAAGUAUGUGAAUGCAGUGGUGUGGACAGUCACACUAACAGUUAGCCAAGUACAAAAAUGUACCUUCCACAAAAAUUUAGCAAGACUUGUCACUUCUGCACAAGAAAACAGUGAUGAUUGUAUUCUUCCAGAUUUCCACUUCUACCUUGAAGUGCCUCGUUUUUACACUGACACAAGGUAUAAAAUAUAUUUUAUACUUAGUCAGAAAUUUGGUUUAUUACUUUAUUUUAAUCUUUCAUUGUAUGUGUCUUAAAUGCUAAUCAUUUAUUGAAAUUCUAAAUUACAAAUAUCAUUUUUAUUUAUUUAAAAGUAAUAUAUUUUUCAGAAAGCAAAGGAUGCAUAAAAGCUGAAUUGUUAUGGUAAAAAAGAAGAUGGUGGGUAUAUAAGACACUAGUAAAUUAAUAUGGUAGCCGCUUUGUUUACAAGUGUUUUGAGCUAACAUUGCCCAAUAAAACUAUAUUGGUAAGCCACAUAUGAUUUUUAACUUUAUUAGACUUGCUUGAAAAGAUUUAAAAAUAUGCAAAUUUUUUAAAUGUUUUUUAAUGAAUCACCAUGAAAUACUGUUACAGACUUACAAACUUUUGUGAUUAUGUCUCAUUAAGAUAGUGAUACCCAUCCCUCCAACACUGCCCAUUCUCCACCACAAUGUUCCCAGUAUCCCUCCCACCAUCCCUACCCCAUCCCCACCCCCCAUACCCCUUACAGCCCGCCUCUGUGGCAAGCACAUUCCCCAUUUACUCUCUCUCUUCUUUUGGGUGAUAUGGUUUGCAAUACAGGUAGUAAGUGACCAUCAAAUAUGCAACAUUUUGAGUUAUAUAGUUUAACAUACCUAAAGUAGCAAUAAAAAUAAUUUUUCUAUGUGAAGUCUUCAAACUUUGAUAUGCUUUACAUUUAACUGUAUUAACUGUAUUAGUGUGAACUAACCAUAUUCCAGGUUUUAAAUACCAAACUCCAGUAAGUACAAUUCAAAAACAGUAAGCAUGAAGUAAAAUAAAACAACAGUUAUAAAAUAUAAAGAAAUAAGAUUUGUGAAAUUAUGGGUAACAGAUAUAAAAUGCAAAAAUUAAAUAUAAAAAAUGUAAUUGAUGUCUUGACAUUUAUCAUUUUUAAAUGUCUUUUUCCUAAGGGUAGAAAGAACAUUAUAGUUUACAUUUUUUAUUGUGAAAGAAUUUUUAAGUUAUAAAUAUUUU